UGAAAAGUAACGCGUCGGAGAGCUCCUUCAUAACUGUAUACAAGUCAGUUGCGCUGUUCUGGUCUAGAAGGCCAAAUAGCGACAAGCGUCAUGUUGCGUUUGCCAGCAGUUGGACGGGCCCUGGCUGGGGCGGCCCACUCCAAAGGAAGUCUCAGCGUCUCUAGCAAUGUAAAGACGUCUGUCCGGGCCUCAAGUAAUAUGGUUGAGGUCUUUGUGGAUGGCAAGCCUGUGAUGGUGGAACCAGGAACUACUGUACUUCAGGCCUGUGAGAAAGUUGGGGUGCAGAUUCCAAGAUUUUGUUAUCAUGAGCGGCUGUCUGUGGCAGGAAACUGUCGAAUGUGCCUCGUGGAAAUUGAGCGGGCACCAAAGCCUGUUGCUGCAUGUGCUAUGCCUGUCAUGAAAGGCUGGAACAUUCUGACCAACUCUGAAAAGACACGGAAGGCCAGAGAGGGAGUCAUGGAGUUCCUUCUUGCCAAUCACCCUCUUGACUGUCCAAUCUGUGACCAGGGAGGAGAGUGUGACUUGCAGGACCAGUCCAUGACGUUUGGUUCAGACAGAAGUCGAUUCAUUGAGGGAAAGAGAGCAGUGGAAGACAAGAACCUCGGUCCUCUCAUCAAAACAAUCAUGACACGCUGCAUUCAGUGCACUCGCUGUGUCCGAUUUGCCAGUGAGAUUGCUGGCGUGGAAGAUCUGGGCACCACAGGCCGUGGCAACAGCAUGCAGAUUGGCACUUAUGUAGAGAAGAUGUUCAUGUCGGAGAUGUCUGGUAAUGUGAUUGAUGUGUGUCCUGUGGGAGCGCUGACAUCUAAACCCUAUGCGUUUACAUCCCGACCUUGGGAGACCAGAAAGACAGAAUCAGUUGAUGUGCUCGAUGCUGUUGGCUCUAACAUUGUGGUGAGCACAAGAGGUGGAGAGGUCAUGAGAAUCCUGCCUAGACUCAAUGAGGACGUCAACGAGGAGUGGAUCUCGGACAAGACCAGAUUUGCCUACGAUGGACUGAAGAGGCAGCGUCUGACCCAGCCCAUGACAAAGGAUGCCAGUGGUCAGCUGGUGCCCACUACAUGGGAGGAUGUUCUCACCCGUGUAGCUGGCGUGCUUCAGGGUGCCCAAGGGUCUGAGAUAGCAGCCAUUGCUGGUGGGUUGGUAGAUGCUGAGUCUUUGGUGGCACUAAAAGACCUGCUAAACAAGCUGGACAGUGAGGCACUCUGCACAGAGGAAAUCUUUCCAAUGAGUGGUGCUGGAACUGACCUGCGCUCUAAUUACCUCCUGAACACCCGCAUUUCUGGUAUUGAGGAGUGUGACAUUCUGCUGUUAAUUGGAACAAACCCUCGCUUUGAGGCUCCCCUCUUCAAUGCACGCAUCCGCAAGAGUUGGCUGCAUAAUGAAUUGCAGGUCUCUGUUGUGGGUCGUGAGGUAGAUCUUAGCUACUCCUACAACCAUCUGGGCGAAUCCACUCAGGUGCUUCAGGAGAUUGCUGCCGGAACACACCCUUACUGCAAGGUGUUGGCCCAGGCCAAGCGACCAGUGGUGGUGGUGGGAAGCUCCUGUCUGCAGAGGGCAGAUGGCGCUGCCAUCUUAGGUGCUGUAUCCACGAUCGCUCAGAACGCUCGUGCCAGCAGUGGGGUGGAAGAAGGGUGGAAGGUCCUUAAUGUACUUCAUAGGGUGGCCAGUCAGGUUGCAGCUCUAGAUCUGGGCUAUAAGCCUGGUGUGGAGGCAAUCAGAAAGAACCCUCCCAAAGUGCUGUUCCUGCUGGGAGCUGAUGCUGGCUGCAUUACCAGAGCAGACUUGCCCAAAGACACUUUCAUUAUUUAUCAGGGGCACCAUGGUGAUGUUGGAGCACCCAUGGCUGAUGUCAUCUUGCCUGGAGCAGCAUACACAGAGAAAAACGCCACAUACGUGAACACAGAGGGACGUGCUCAGCAGACCAGGGUAGCAGUUACACCACCUGGCAUGGCUCGCGAUGACUGGAAGAUCAUUCGUGCAAUCUCUGAGUUGGCUGGAGUCACUCUUCCCUAUGACUCUGUAGAAGAGGUAAGGGGCAGACUGGCAGAGGUGUCUCCCAACCUUGUGCGUUACGAUGAUAUUGAGGAAGCUAACUACUUCAUACAGGCUAAUGAGCUUGCCAAGGCUGUUAAUCCGUCCCUGCUUGCAGAGCCCAUUGUUCCACCUCAGCUUACAGUAAAAGAUUUUUACAUGACAGACUCCAUCAGCAGGGCCUCCCAGACAAUGGCCAAGUGUGUAAAGGCUGUAACGGAGGGAGCAGAAGCAGUAGAGGAACCUUCCAUCUGCUAAAACGCACAAGUCCACUGUAACUUUUGUUUUCAUAAGUUAUUCAUACAGUUGUGGUAGAAAGGCACCAAGGUUUAAAUCUGUACUGUUUUUCAGCCAGUUCCACUGUUAUAAUAUCCAGAUUUGUUUUGCUUCUGUUUAAAUGCAAUGAGAAUAAUCUUGAGAUUGUUCCCACACUGAGAUCAAGGCGGAAAUUGCUUUGUUAUCCAAAGCUCAUAAUUAAUAAAAAUGUAUGUGUAUUUGUGCUCAUGCCUUUUGUGCACUACAUAUAAUCAUGUAUCAGAGCUCAGAUCAGGAAUUUACAUCUUUUACAUGUAGUUUGCUGACAGAGUAGCUGCUACUUGAAAAACAUGGUCUAAUCAAGCCCUGCAGUCUAAACUUUGGGAAUCAUUUGUGGAAUAAUGGCUAAUUAGUCAUGCAUUCAUUACUUUUUUAGUAGAAGUAUUUGCACUUCUGCCACUGAAUAUUUACAGCAAUUUUCUUAUAUAAAUAAAACAGAUGUGUUGAA